AUGAGGGAGCUGUCCUGCUUCGGCGACGGCUCCGUCAGCGUCGCGGCGGCCUCCGUCUCGGGCCGCGGCGCGCUCCACCGCUCGCUGCAGGCGGCGACCACGGCCGUGUACAGGGCCGUCCUGUCCUCGGGCAAGGAGAUGCUCGUCCGGAAGAAGCGGGGGAGCCGGACGCUCGUCACCGGCGCCGGCACGGCCGUCGGCGUGCACUGGGACACCGCGGAGGCCAAGUACCCGUCCGCGUCCCCGGAGCCCGAGCGCGACUACGGCCUCGCCGUCGUGGCCGACGCCGAGCUCGCGCUCCUCCUCGGCCUGCGGGGCGCGGCGGCGGCGCACGUCACGCGGUGCCGGUUCCGCGACGGCGGCGACGAGCACGAGGUGGCCGUGCACGCGUGCAGGGGCGGGGACGGGCUGCUGCGGGUGAGCAUCGACGGGGAGAAGGUGGCGGAGGUGCGGCGGGUGGGGUGGGGCUUCCGGGGCAACCGCGCCGCCGUGCUGGCCGACGGGGAGGUGGUCGACGUCAUGUGGGACGUGCACGACUGGUGGUUCGGCGGCCGGGGCGGCGCCGGCGCUGGCGCGGGGGCGCAGUUCAUGGUCAAGGCCAGGGCGGAGAAGGAGGGCAGGCUGUGGAUGGCCGACGACACGGCGGCGAGGGGCCAGUCGCCCGGUGGAUUCUUCUUGCACGUGCAGUGCUACCGCCGGUGA